CUUCUCAGAGGUCCCUCACCACAUCCAUUGAUCCAUCCUAGGAGGGUCACAGAUCGCAGAGCAACCACAGAAACAGGAAAAUGAACUUCCUGAGUGCACUGCAAACACAGAAACCUGUUUCCUUUGCGCACAUCAAAUUGUCAAAACCCAAUUUUGAAACUUUGAGUACGGAAUUGGCUAUCAGACAGGCUGGAAGAACUUCGUCUCUCGAUUCCACAUGAAUUUUUGUGCCUAAAUUUACUGCCAUGCUGGGACUAAAGUUUUUUGUCCUGCUUUCUAUUUUAUGGGGCAGGGUCUUCAGUCUUACCAACACUCAGCAUUCAUGGACUGCGCCUAAUGAUGAAGACUCCUCACUGACCCCGAACUCCGCUUCAGCUUCUGUAAGUGAAAUACUGAGCCUCCAAGUGCUCUCGGCCACUCAGAACCCCUCCACUCAGGGUCCUGCAGCUGCUGAGAGAUCUUCUGAAGACGAUGUUCUCCUACAGUCAACAUCACAGCCCUCUGAGACAAGCACCCCUCCCGAGGGGAGAAGCCAAACACCCAUACCCCUAGAGAAGACAGGGACAGCAGUGGUAUCCCUGCCUCUCUCUCUUCAGGACAAACCCAGCAUCAAGCCCAGCACCGGAGCAGGAACAGUCAUGCUUGCUAACGCCACGCUGAAAUUCCUUCAGAGUUUUUCCCGAAAGUCUGAUCAACAAGCAGUCUCCCCUAAGUCGGCUGGAGACAUGGGAAACAGGUCUGCGAGGGAAACACACCUCAGGAGAAGUGACAACAGCAGAAAUCAAAGACCCAGCUAUCAAAAACCCAGUUUUGAAACAACUAGAGGGAAGAAUUGGUGUGCUCAUGUACAUACCAAGUUAUCCCCGACAGUGAUACUGGACACUGGCUCUCAUUUACCAAGUGGGAGAGGUUCUUGUGGCUGGUACAGCAGUGGACUCUGUUCCAGAAGAUCUCAGAAGACAUCCAAUGCUGUCUAUAGAAUGCAGCAUAAGAUUGUCACCUCAUUAGAAUGGAGAUGCUGUCCUGGAUACAUAGGUCCAAACUGUCAGCUCAAAGUGGAAGAACAGCAGCAGCUCGCACACAGUAACCAGGCUGAAAGUCACACCGCUGUUGACCAAGGAAGAGCCCAGCAGCAGAAGCAAGACUGUAGUGACCCAGCCAUGAUUCAAAAACUGGCAGAGCAGCUGAGCCAGCAGGAGAGGAAGCUGACGCUUCUGCAGAAGAAGGUUGACAAUGCUUCUCUGGUGGCAGAUGACAUGAGGAAUGCGUACCUCUCAUUAGAAGGGAAAGUUGGGGAGGACAACAGCAGGCAAUUUCAAUCUUUUCUAAAAGCUCUAAAAUCAAAGAGUAUUGACGAUCUGCUAAAGAACAUCGUAAAAGAACAAUUUAAAGUCUUCCAAGAUGAUAUGCAGGAGACAACUGCCCAGAUCUUCAAGACUGUGUCAAGUCUAUCAGAGGUCUUGGAAAGUACCAGGCAGGCAGUUCUACAAGUGAACCAGUCCUUUGUUUCAUCAACAGCCCAGAAAGACUUUGCUUUCAUGCAAGAAAAUCAGCCCACGUGGAAGGACAUCACAGAUCUAAAGAACAGCAUCAUGAACAUCAGGCAGGAAAUGGCCUUGACCUGUGAGAAGCCUGUCAAGGAACUGGAAGCAAAGCAAGCUCAUUUGGAAGGAGCACUAAGACAGGAGCACUCACAGAUUGUUCUGUACCACCAAUCCCUCAAUGAAACUCUCUCUAAAAUGCAGGAAGCACACACACAGCUGUUAUCAGUUCUACAAGUAUCAGGAACAGAGAAUGUUGCCACUGAGCAAUCCCUCAACAGUAAUGUCACUAAGUAUAUAUCUGUGCUACAGGAGACAGCAAGCAAGCAAGGUCUGAUGCUGCUGCAGAUGCUCAGUGAUUUGCAUGUCCAAGAGAGCAAGAUCAGCAACCUUACCAUCCUUUUGGAGAUAGAGAAAGAAUCAGCCAGGGGAGAAUGUGAGGAAAUGCUAUCUAAAUGCAGGCAUGACUUUAAAUUUCAACUCAAGGACACAGAGGAAAAUCUGCAUGUGUUAAAUCAAACACUGUCUGAGGUUAUCUUUCCCAUGGACAUCAAGGUGGAUAAAAUGAGUGAGCAGCUGAAUGAUUUGACAUAUGACAUGGAGAUCCUCCAGCCUUUGCUGGAGCAGAGGUCGUCGCUUCAACAACAGGUUAUACGUGAGCCAAAGGAAGCCACAGUUACUCGAAGAGAGCUACAAAACCUGAUCGGUGCCAUCAACCAACUGAACGUUCUUACCAAAGAACUUACAAAAAGACACAACUUACUGAGAAAUGAAGUGCAGAGCCGUGGUGAAGCCUUUGAGAGACGCAUCAGUGAGCAUGCCUUAGAAACAGAAGAUGGCCUAAAUAAGACAAUGACUGUUAUAAACAAUGCCAUCGAUUUUGUUCAAGAUAACUAUGUGUUAAAGGAGACUUUUAGUGCUAUGACAUAUAAUCCCAAGGUUUGUGAGUGUAACCAAAAUAUGGACGAUAUUUUAACAUUUGUUUCUGAAUUCCAGCAUUUGAAUGAUUCUAUUCAGACUUUGGUCAAUGACAAAGAGAAGUAUAAUUUUAUUUUGCAAAUUGCUAAAGCCCUUACAGCAAUUCCUAAAGAUGAGAAACUAAGCCAGUUAAACUUUCAAAAUAUUUAUCAACUAUUCAACGAAACCACUUCCCAGGUGAACAAAUGUCAGCAAAACAUGAGUCAUUUAGAAGAAAAUAUGCUUUCAGUAACAAAGACUGCCAAAGAGUUUGAAACUCGUUUGCAAGGCAUUGAAUCUAAAGUGACCAAGACACUCAUACCUUACUAUAUUUCAUUUAAAAAAGGUGGCAUCCUAUCAAAUGAGAGAGAUGUUGAUCUUCAGCUGAAGGUACUAAAUACCAGAUUUAAGGCACUAGAAGCAAAGUCCAUCCAUCUUUCCGUGAGUUUUUCUUUGCUUAAUAAAACUGUCCGUGAGCUUUCAAUGGCAUGCCGUAAUGCUUCUACAGGUAGCUGUGGACAGAAUGCACUCAUACCCAUGUGGACCAAAGGCUCACUGCCAGGCAGUCAGAGUUCUCAGAAAAGUCUGACAGAACUUGUGGAAUUGAUAGUUGAAAUUAAAACUCAAGCCGCCCUAUCUAAUUUAACUUGGAAUGUUGACCGAUUGUUAUCUGACACUCUGGCAAAUAUUGUCAAGCCUCAAAAGCAGAUAAAAUUGCAGAAGAAACCCAACACACUUAAGAAAACAGUGAACAUGACCACCAUUCUGAUAGGCCGAACACAAAGGAACACAGACACCAUUAUACAUCCUGUAGCACAGGAACAUUCCAGCUGCAGCAGCUUCCCUUGCCAGAAUGGUGGCACGUGCAUCAGCGGGAGAUCCAACUUCAUCUGCGCUUGCCGGCACCCAUUCAUGGGUGACACUUGCACCGUGAAGAUCACGGAAGAUAAUGCAGUAGCACCAGAUUUUUCCAAAGGAUCAUACAGAUAUGCUCCGAUGGUGGCGUUUUUCGUAUCUCACACUCACGGAAUGACGGCACCUGGUCCUAUCCUGUUCAAUGAUCUAAGCGUCAACUAUGGGGCCUCAUAUAACCCAAGGACUGGCAAGUUCAGAAUUCCAUACCUUGGAGUGUACAUAUUCAAAUACACCAUUGAGUCAUUCAGUGCUCAUAUUUCCGGUUUUUUUGUGGUGGAUGGAGUAGACAAACUUAGAUUUGAGUCUGAAAAUGCUGACAAUGAGAUACACUGUGACAGAGUUUUGACUGGGGAUGCCUUAUUUGAAUUAAAUUAUGGACAGGAAGUGUGGUUGCGACUUGUAAAAGGAACAAUUCCAAUCAAAUAUCCCCCUGUGACCACAUUCAGUGGUUACUUGUUAUACCGCACCUAAGUUUGUGUGAGAGGUAGACUCUCACCUCUCUACUCCAGCAUUCUCUCCUUUUCAUUUAUCCUUGUAUGCAUAUCAGCUCUGUUGUAGUAUUUCUACACUAAAUGAAAUAUGUCAUUGAAGAACCUGAAUGUUUAUUUCACAAAAUGAUUUGUAUGUCCUGUGCAGAGGGGGUCCUUUCUCCUAAGGAGACACAGAGGCAUAGAAACCCAAUGUGACCAUUACUCACAAGCAUGUGUCUGCCACCCCGGGAAUGCCUACCUGUGCUCCUUUCCUGUGAGUCUUUCCAGUGUAGAAUAAAAUGUCACAGCAGAUUUCCCAAAGAAUCUUAAAUUUUGUUAUAUUCUGUAUUUAUAGCCCUAGAAAAGAAUCUCCUAAAAUAACAAACUUAAAUAAAUAAUUCAAAGAAAAAAUCCCAUUUUUUAACUUCUAAUUUUGCUUUACUGUUGAGUUGAUCAGUUUUAUAAAAUAAAUUUGCAUUUGUGUUCAAAACUAAGAAAAGUAAAUUAUAAAUAUGAAGUAUGCUUAAAUAUUAUCUUUGCAAAAUUGGAAAAUGGAGACAUAACUAAUGCCUAUUUAGACAUUUUACAUCUAAUUUUGUGUAUGCUACUUCUCUGCCUCUAUUAGAUAACAUGUGCAUGAAGACAAGUACAACACUUUUCUAUUCAUAUUCUUCUAUUAUACUGUUGUGGGGAAAUUUGGGUUUCCUUUUGUGUAUUCUUGCUCUUAAUAAUAAAGGGAUUUAAAGAUAGGCUCUGAGGG